GACCGUCAGAGAGAGCACUGAGAAGCAAAACACACCAACGUGAGGAGGUCAGAAGUGGUUACCAGUUCUCGGAUUGCUACAAGACUGAAAUUCAUCCGAAGCAUUGGGGAUACGCACACUGUGGUGAAGCAUUGUCCCGUUUUAAAAGAAGACGACCAAGCUGGCCCUCCAGCAUCCACCUUUAGCGCCGGAAAGCUUUGUCAGCUAACGCGAGUUAGCUAAGUUAGCAGUUAGCUCGUUUCAUACGUAGCUGACCUCUAUCACAACAGCCUCGGAUUGAGAGACCCUGUCCCCCGUCUCUUCACCCCACACCGUCGUUAUUCUUGCAUGGUGCUCCGCGAACGGUUGCCGAAUAUGAUACACAAUGAGUCAAAGAGAUACCUUAGUUCAUCUGUUUUCUGGAGGAUGUGGGGGUACGGUAGGAGCCAUACUGACUUGUCCGUUGGAGGUCGUGAAGACUCGUCUGCAGUCAUCAUCCAUCACUCUUUUUGUGUCUGAGGUUCAGCUAAGUACUGUCAAUGGAGCUAGUAUGACCCGAAUAUCUCCACCAGGCCCCCUUCACUGUCUCAGAUUGAUAUUGGAGAAAGAAGGGCCUCGCUCUCUUUUCAGGGGCCUGGGGCCAAACUUAGUGGGUGUGGCACCUUCCAGAGCGAUCUACUUUGCUGCUUACUCCACUGCCAAAGAGAAACUUAAUGGCGUGUUGGAACCAGACUCCACACAAGUGCACAUGGCAUCGGCAGGAAUGGCAGGUUUUACAGCCAUCACAGCGACAAAUCCAAUAUGGCUCAUAAAAACCCGCCUACAGUUGGAUGCAAGGAACCGAGGAGAGCGGAGGAUGAGUGCGUUUGAGUGCAUACAUCGGGUGUAUAAAGCAGAUGGCCUGCGAGGCUUCUACAGGGGAAUGUCAGCUUCCUACGCUGGUAUCUCAGAGACUGUGAUCCACUUUGUUAUCUAUGAAAACAUUAAGCGGCGUCUCUUGGAGGCCAAGGCGCCGCAGAACAUGGACGAUGAAGAGGAUGCUUCAAAAGAUGCCUCCGACUUUGUUGGAAUGAUGCUUGCUGCUGCCACAUCCAAGACCUGUGCCACAAUUAUUGCUUAUCCUCACGAGGUAAUUCGCACCAGGCUACGAGAAGAAGGCUCCAAAUACCGCUCUUUUUUUCAGACUCUAACAACUGUGCCCAAAGAAGAGGGCUACCGCGCCCUGUACCGGGGUCUAAUUACACAUCUGGCACGCCAGAUCCCCAACACUGCUAUCAUGAUGUGCACCUAUGAGCUGGUGGUCUACCUCCUGAACGGUUAAAGUCUUCCUUUAAUGUAGUCAGUUAGGACAACCCUGCCGAUGCUGAGAGAUAAAAAAAAGAAAACAGGAUCUCCUGCACACCAGCACAUCUAAAAAUCUGUCAGAAAAGAACCAGAAAGCGCCAAAAAUAAGAGUGGUUAAAACAAAUUAAACCUUUAAGUUUUGUUUUAUAAGCAAAUAGUGUGGCACAAAGAGUAGUGUUGGACACGUUUUGCUAUCUGGGUUUAGCUUUUGGCAAAGCAGCAGCCCCCCUGUUUUCAUUUCUGGUUUAAUCUUUGUCUCCCACUUUGAGUUAUGUCAGAUUCAGAGCACCUGACAUCCAGUUUAUUCUGCUUCUGUCGUAACUUGAAAUAAAUUAACCGUUUAAAACUUUUGAACACGUGUUUCACACAGUUAGUCGUGUUUUAGUUCUCUACCGGUUUACUUUACAAGUAGCACCCAGUAUUUCCUGCAUCCCUCAAGAGAAAGGAUGACAGUCAGUAGCUGCUGGGCAACGCUGCAGUGGAUCACAAAUGUUCUGAAGUCAGAAAAAUAAAAAAACAGGGUGACUUGAGGCCUGAUGAGGCAGGGUAAACAGAAAAAUAGGUUAGAGUAGGAGGUAACAGGUGAUGUGCCUUGUGUGGAAAUGUAACAUAGACCAAGAUGCAGGGUUCUGUUCGACCUUCGAUUAGAAGCAGAUUAAAUGACGAGACGCACAAGUUUUUAACAAACACAGAUGCACUCUUAGAAACGUUUUCAACAUCUCGUUGGAAUACAAGAGUCGAGAUGUAUUUAUAUCAAGUGUGUAUUAUAGACUUACAUGUAAUCUGAAGAUUGUGAAUGUGUUGCGGUUAAUUACACAAUUUUUAAAA